AUGAAUGAUACGAAUCGACAAGUUGUAGCUGGUGGCAAUGGCAAAGGAAAUCGAUUGGAUCAAUUAGAUCAACCGACUGAUGUGUUAGUUGACAAAGAGACUGAUAGUCUCAUUAUUUGUGAUCGAGAAAAUCGACGAGUCAUACGAUGGUCUCUUCGUAGCGGCACAACUCAAGGAGAAAUUCUCAUCGACAACAUCCAGUCUGAGGGAUUGGCCAUGGAUGAUCAGAGAUAUUUCUACGUCUCUGACCUUGAAAAACAUGAAGUAAGACGAUAUCAAAUAGGAGACAAGAAUGGAACUAUCGUGGCUGGUGGCAAUGGCAAUGGUACUGGUCUCAAUCAACUCGACUAUCCAACCUACCUCUUUGUCGAUCAAGCACAGACUAUCUACGUGUCAGACCAGUACAAUCAUCGUGUAAUGAAAUGGAAGAAAGGUGCACAAGAAGGAAUUGUUGUUGCUGGGGGUCAAGGAGAAGGGAAUUCUCUGAGAAAAUUGUCGUAUCCUGAAGGACUCUUCGUCGAUAAGUUGGGUACCAUCUAUGUGGUAGACUCGGGGAAUAAUCGAGUGAUGCGUUGGCCUAAAAGAGCGAAACAGGGAGCUGUUAUUUUAGGUGGAAAUGGACAAGGAGUAGAAGCAAAUCAGUUCGACGCUCCCGAAGGUUUGUCCUUCGAUCGACAUGGCAAUCUUUAUGUUGUCGAUGCUGGGAACGAUCGUGUUCAACUUUUUUCAAUAGAAUGA